AUGGCUGUCUUUGAGACUGCAGACGAGAAACACUUCGAGGACCAUGUCGAGACUGUCACGAACAUUGUCACGAUCGACAACAUCCGGGUCCUGGGGCUGAGCGUUGAGGAUGCCGAGUUCUAUACCAACUUCUCCGCGGACAGGAAGAAGAAGCUGCUACGCAAGGUCGAUGUGCGACUAGUUCCGAUGCUGGCGGUCCUUUACCUCAUCUCCCAUCUCGACCGCGCAAACAUUGGAAAUGCAAAGAUCGAAGGACUUGUCAAAGACCUCGGGCUGACCGGGAUACAAUGGAAUAUUGUCCUGAGCAUCUUCUUCGUUCCAUAUGUGCUUCUUGAGGUCCCCAGCAAUAUGCUCCUGAAGAGCUUCUCCAGACCGUCUGUUUACAUUGGCAUUCUGAUCACCUGCUGGGGGAUUAUCAUGACCUUGACUGGAAUGGUGCGGAACUUUGCGGGCUUGAUGGUCACCCGCGUUCUCCUUGGGAUCUUCGAGGCCGGGUUCUUCCCAGGAGCAGUCUAUCUAUGCACGUUCUGGUACAUGCCAAAAGACCUUUCCACCCGUAUCGCCGUGUUCUACUGUGCCAGUGCCCUGUCUGGUGCUUUCUCCGGCCUCUUGGCAGCCGGUAUUGCGCAGAUGGACGGCGUGGGUGGCCAGGAAGGCUGGCGGUGGAUCUUCCUGCUCGAGGGACUUGUCACGGUCCUCCUGGGAGUGAUGUGCUUCUUCUUUCUGAUCGACUCGCCACGACGAUCUGGGAGGUGGCUUGAUCCCGAGGAGAUUCGGUACCUGGAGCUGCAGCAUUUCAUCAAAGAUGGUGGCCGCUUCAAGGACGAGAGAAAGAGAGCCUCGUGGAGCGAUAUCAAAGCCGUGCUGCUGAACUGGAGAAUGUACAUGCUGGCAUACAUCUUACUCUGCCAGUCCGCCUGCUCAUACGGUCAGUCCCGAUCACUCAACUCUGCUUCAGCCUCCCAGCUCACUCGUACAGGAACCAAAUUCACCAUGCCGACCAUCACCAAAGCAAUGGGCUUCACCAACACCCACGCCCAACUCAUGACCGUCCCGCCAUACGUCGCCGGCGCCCUCUCCGCCAUCUUCUUCUCCAAACUCUCCGACCGCUUCUACUGGCGCAUGCCCUUCGUCGCCAUCCCUCUGGCCCUCGUGACCAUCGCCUACUCCAUUAUCAUCUCCUUCCACGGCCACCUCAAAGAGCACGUCGGCCCGGCCUUCUUCGCAGUCAUCCUCACCUGCAUGGGGAUUUACCCCAUCCACCCGGCGACCACGUCCUGGACAGCCAACAACCUCGCCUCCUCCAGCAGCCGAGCCAUUGGGCUGGCGUUCAACAUCUGCAUUGGCAAUAUCGGCGGUAUUAUCGGGAGCUACAUGUAUAUCGACAGUGAGAGCCCGGAGUACUACACAGGUUUCGGCCUGUCAUUGGCAUUUGGCGGAUCAGGGCUCCUUGUGGCGCUUCUGCUGGAGCUGUCGUAUAUCUAUGGGAACAGGAAGAAGGCGAGGAUUCCGGAGGCGGAGAUCAGAGAGCGGUAUACCGACGAUCAAUUGCUGGCUAUGGGUACCAAGUCGCCUCUUUUCAAAUAUACCUUGUAA